GACUCUGGUAACCUGUCUCUUGACCUCUUCAGACAAUUCCUUCCAGACCCGAUGGGGGCCCAGCUCUGCUUCCAGGCUGACGCGGAGGCCGAGGUGCCCCCGGAGACCCUCUGCUUCCACGCCCAGGCCAAGGGCGCGCAGGUGCUCCUGGACGCCAGGCGGAGCACAGCGUACCGGCUGGCCACUUUCUGCGACGGCAUCGUGUUCAGCCAGCGGCCUGUGCGGCCCGGGGAGCACGUGGUCCUGCGCGUGCUGGGGCACGAGGACCGCUGGCUCGGCGGCCUCCGCGUGGGUUUCACGCGCCUGGACCCUGAGAGCACGCCGGCGCCCAGCCUGCCCCCCUUCGUGUGCCCGGACCUGGAGCAGCGGAGCCCGACGUGGGCGGCCGUGCUGCCCGAGGGCUGCGCGCUGGCUGGCGACGUGGUCCGCUUCUGGGUGAACCGCCGCGGCCUGCUCUGCGCCCAGGUCAACGCGGGCCCGAGGCUCCUGCUGCGCAAGGGCGUGCCCCUGGGCUGCCCCCUCUGGGCCGUGAUGGACGUGUACGGGACCACCAAGGCCAUCGAGCUUCUGGAUCCGGCUUCCAGUGCCUUCCCCACAGCCUCGCCCUGGGCCCUCCCUGACGAGACUCCAUCUGACCCUGAAGCCACAGCGGCAGAGGAGUGUGCCAUCUGCUUCCACCAUGCUGCCAACACCUGCCUUGUGCCCUGCGGCCACACACACUUCUGCGGCUGCUGCGCCAGGAGGGUCUUCAGGGACACAGCCAAGUGCCCCGUGUGUCGCUGGGAGAUCGAAGCGGUGGUCUGGGCACGGGCCCCUCCUGCUCCGAGAACCGAACCAGGCCUCCCGGUGCGGGAGGCGCCCCUUGGAGGAGAGACCCAUGAGUGCUCCAACCCUGGGCAUGGGACUUGACCUUUGUGAGCCUCUGUUUCUUCAUCUGCAAAGUGCAAAUAAGAUCGUUCCCUUUGAUGGUAUCUUUUUCCCCCCCAGCUGGAUACCUCCAGGGUGAGGGCAUUACUUGAAUCCUGUUUCCAGUGACUACCUCCUUAUUGACACUAGGGAAACCUGACCUUAGAAAUGAUCCCUGACCAGAAGCGGACUUUCAGAAUGGUGCAGUAAGGACUUCUGUAAAUCUGUUCUUCCAUAAAAGCAACAAAAACACUGGCAAGAUUAUCUACAGAUCAUACUUGGAUAUUAACCAGAGGCUAACAACAAUCUGAAGAGGGUUAUCAAGAGAAAACUGCUGAGCUUUGGAAAACUGUGGCCCAGGGAGGAGGAAUCAUCUUACAAAUGAUGGGACAAGAAUUAGAAUCCUCGCUACUUCCGGUCAAGACAGUGGUGCAGCACCAGGUACUAGAAUCCAUCCUGGUAUGAACACAGCCUCGUCUGUAUCCUUGGGACACACCGG